AUGAGUCGCACAUUGUCGAGCCGCCUCGCGGCAAAGUCGCUUUUCCAAUGUCCUCGAGUCACCCUCCAAUCUAUCCGAUCGAUCUCGCAAACGACUCCUGUCCGCGAUGACAAGCCUAAGAGCCGACCCAGCACCGCUUCGAUCCUGGAGAGCAUCUAUGGCCCACAAGAAACAACCAAGACGGAGUCUACUCCCAACAAUAGUGCCAUGGCCAACCUAUCCCAGAGUCUUGUCUUCAAGACACUCGACCAGACCAACAUUGAUACGAGCGCCUUGAACAGAAGAUCGAAUCGCAAGGCACAGGCAAAGGAGGACGACCUUGAGCCUUACCACUUCCACAUCUACUCUCACAAGCACAACACUCACAUUACUUGCACCAAGCCCGACCGAGGCCCCAUCAUUUCCCUUUCGGCUGGCAACAUUGGAUUCCGCAAGUCUCGUCGUGGUACUUUCGAUGCCGCCUACUCUCUUACCAAGUAUGUCCUAGAGCGAUUAAUCCAUACCGGCUGGCCGAUCAAAAUGAACCGAUUGGAGGUUGUGAUGCGAGGUUUUGGCCAGGGACGAGAAGCCGCUCUCAAGGUCUUGAUGAGCCCCGAGGGCAAGGUCUUGCGAGACAAGAUUGUGCGUGUGGCCGAUUCAACAAGAAUCAAGUUCGGUGGUACCAGGAGUGAGAAGCCCAGACGUCUGUAA